UGUAAUCUUUUGCUCAUUUUUGUCAUUCUUUCCGCUCGCUAAUUAGCUCUGAGGUUCCUGUGGUGACGAAGACGCUUCUGUUUGUUUUCAGAAUUUCCUAGGAGAAUCUGUUCUUUAAUAAUUUUGUGGUUGGUUUGUUUGUUUGUUAACCCGCAGGAUUUCUAUAUUCAUUUUUGUACGCAUUGUAGAAAUGAAGAGAAGAAGAUUUGGAGGGAUGGUGUCAAGAAGGCACUCGUUAAACCCUUGUCCUUUGAAAGGACUCCAUUUCUAACAAGUGCAGCAGUAAGUGUUGUAGUAUGGAAGUAAAAAUCCCAAAAUCAGAGCGCCCAGCACUGACGUGUUGUUCAGCAGCUUUGGGGCCAUCCGGUUUCUCCUCGAGGGGCAGCCCAACCCAUUUUGGAUCCCCGUUUUGGAUUCUCAGUUCGGGGAGCAGGAAGCACAGGAGCCGAGUGAAGCUGGGAGCAGGGAGCAGUGAGAAGCAAUUUGGGGAUGGCUCAGUGCCUGGUGUGCUCUGCAAGGACAUGUGGGAGAGCUGCAGCUUGCUGCUGGUGCCACUGGAGGGAAACCACAGCACGGGAGAGCAUACGAUGGUCACUGGUGACUAGGGCUGUGUGAAGUGCUUGAUCAGAACGUGUUCCAGUGUUAUCACCUUCCUUUCCACAACCAGAAUAGAUUUCCAGCUCUUUUCCCCACCACCGGGGUUGGUUUAGUUUUGGAGACUGCUUCUACCCAGGAAUGCUGCAGUGUUACUGGGACAGGGCAGAGGGACCGUGUUAAAAGUUCAGUGCCUUCAGAGAGAGCCCUGUGCUCCUUCCCUUGCAUUCAAGCAGUUGGAUCAUCUCAGUGAAGAGAUUGAAUGUUUGAGCCUGGGGUUAGCAGACCACGCCGACAGCUCUGAGCCGCAUCCGUGCUCCCAGCGAUGGAUCUGCUGCUUGCAGGCGGAAUUGGGUUGGAGUCAGCCUGGGUUUGUUGCUGCUUUCUUGUGGUCCCUGCCCUGCAGGACCCCAGCAUGGGGCUGCCUCCAGUGCUGCAGGGCAGCGGUGCUGGGAACAGGGUCAGGAUCUGCCCCAAGAAAUGAGAGCAACCUUCAGUCAUCUUGGAACGAGCUGGGUUUACGAGAAGAGGCAGAGAUGGUACACGACUUAAGUCCAGAAAGUGAAAAUAAGAAUGUUUUGUAAAAUAUUCACAUUGAUACAUCCUGUGAGAGGAACGGACUGUUCCUGGAAAGGAAAACCUACAAGGGACACUCCUGUUGGGUUUUGGGAAGCAAGUGAUGCAGGUGUUAAACAUCACAAAGGAGGUAACUCUGUGCAACUCAUUGCCUCUGCCUUGCGGUACCAUGGCUGUCGAGCUAUCUUCAGUUCUGCUGUGUGUCACUGGAGCAUUCCUCCCCAUGUACCCUGUUCUUCAUAAAUAAAGCAGCUCAGAAGAGACCAAACAAAGCAACCCUAUCAGGAAGAGAUGAGGUAACUACUUUCGGCUUGAUAAGUGCCUACUGCUAGCAAGGGUUUUCUUUGCUGUACACACUGAUCUCUGAAGAGUGCUGAGAAAAACCUCAUUUUGCAAAGGUUAUGAAAAGUGACACUGCUGGGCACCCUGCAGCUCUCGAAAGUGUGAGGCGAUGGGAAAGUGGAACCGACCCCCUGGGCUUUGGUGCUGUUUGUUCCCUGAAGCAUCUGCUCAGGUCAGGAGGUCAGGGGUGAGUGGAACUGCUGCCUUCGGCAGCGCUGAGCCCGUGCUUGGAGUUUGCUGGUCAAGUAAAGGAACAGACAGAAGAAGGGGUAACUGGUGGUGUUCGAUUUACUGGCCCUCAUCCCUUGGCAGGAAGACAUUGCCUGGGGGAGCAAUUUCUGUCCUCCUGACAUGGUAUGUCCCUCUUUGUGAGCAUUAAUCUGAGAUGGCAAAGUCGAGAUGCGUCAGCGCAGGGGCUCUGCAUGGACCGCAGCUCCGUGCCACGCCGCACGUCCCGGCCCAGGCUCAGUCACCGUUCUGCAUCCCACCCACGGGGACGUGACAUCGGGGUGGGGCUGGUGGUGCUGGAAGGAGCCUCGGGGUCCCCUGCAGGACAUCAGGGUUUGCUGCUUUUCCCGGGUGGUGAAUGAGCGGUUUGCUUUGUGCCUUUCGGAAACGUUCAGCCCUUGUAGGAUCCUUCAGAUCGUUAGGAAUGAAUCCCAGGAGAUUCUCCACCCGGAAUGGAGCUCGGUGACCCAGCGCUGCGUGGGGUGUCCCGCUGCCAAGCACUAAUUCCAGUGUUGCAGAGGUGAGUGCUCAGUGUGGGUAAUUCUCUAAUGCUCUGCAGACUCAUUUGGCUGAGCAAAACCUCCACAUCCUCUGACCCCCUGCACUGUGACUCACCUUUAUGUUAACAGCAGCUUCGCAUUUGUUUUUUUUGGAGCGCAGUGUUUAUGGUACGGUUUUGGCUGCUGCUGAGUGUCUCUUUGGAGAGCCUCCCUGGGUAUCCGGGGCUGCUGGGUUGGGGUGGGGGCCGCUAUGGGGCACAAGUCUCUGUGCCCCCACUCCCCACAUGUGCUCCUGGUCCGGAUGCAGCACGCAUCGCUGUGCGCGGUGUCUGUGUGCAAACAUAUUUGGGAACUCCGUGCAUUGAGAGGUGCUGCCCUCCCUGCACAAAGCCACCAAGGGCUGCUGGCCCUGCAGAAGGCCCAGGGGCACCGUGCAGCAUCACGGUGUGCACUGCUUUCCCAGAUGGGUGCUCUGGGUGCUGGGAUGGGAUCGCAGAGCGAUGUGUUUGCCUCCAUGGGUCGGAAAGCUGAACACCCGGAUAACGAGCUCACCUUUUCCCCCCUAGCUGCUCUCAGUCCCUUGCAGCUGUGCUGUUCCUCCCUGCCCUGUGGCACUGAGCCCGUGGAGGUGUGUGUAAGGUGGGGCUGAGCUCAGGACGGGGUUCCCCUGCGUGCAUCCCCAGGGAAGGGGAUGCCUCGCUCCUUCUCCCCUCUGUCCUUGCCUUAAGGGAAGGCCACGAGCUGUCUGGGGCUCGCCUUCCUCAUCAGCACUUUGAGCACCUGGUGGAGGUGAACUUGGACUUGGCUUCAGAGGGAGCCCGAGGCAGAGCAGGACAAAGUACGCCCGUUCUGAUUCAUUUAAGCAGCGGCGCUGCUGGAUGCAUUGCUCCUGGGUGGCUCUGCUGAGCAGCACCGGCACUGCCCUCGCUUUGCACUCCCAUCCUCGGGUCCGAGACUCGAGCAGAGCAGCCGCAGACUGAUGCUGCGAGUGCUGCGGGGUUCGGUGUCAAAGCGGGCGCGGGGCCUGAGCUGCAGCGCUCGGAGAGGAGGAGGGAGAAGCUGUGAGACCGCUGCAGGGAUGCCCUGCCCGAACGCCGUGAGUCUGGCUGUGCGCGUCCUGCUGUCUGUCCCGCUAUGAGCCCGGUUGUGAGCCUGUGUCUGUCCUGUCCGGCUGUGCCUCUCUCUGUUUGUCCGCCCGUGGGUGCAGCCGUGGUCACAUCGGGACUCUGCCUCGGGGGCUGCGGGACGGGGAUCGUUUGGGGGCUGUUCUCGGGAAGCUGUGAGCACUUACAGCGAGGCCAUCCCCGGGGGAAUUCCCUGCCGUUCCCCCGCAAGCCCCGACUCAGCGCCUACAUGUUCCUAUAUAACGCGCAGCCUCCACCUGCCCCUGUGCUGUGCGCAGCUGGGCGGGCGCUGCCGCUGCGUCGCGGAGCCGCUGCGAGGAUCCGCCCCCCCGGAGCCCCCACCGACACCGCCGCGCCCCGCAAUCCCGCGGCGAUGCUGCUCUGCCCCCGUCCGACCGCGCGGCGGGCGCCCAAGCGGGCGUUUGCUUCGCUCCUCCUGCUGCUGGCAGAGCUGGGCUGCAGCUCCCUACCCACGUACCAGUGGAGAGACCCUAGGACCAAGGAGACGGUCACCUGCCAGCAGUGCCCGCCGGGGACCUUCGUGGCACAGCACUGCACCGGGGACAGGCCGACGGCGUGCGAGCCCUGCCCCGACCUGCACUACACGCACUACUGGAACUACCUGGAGAAAUGCCUCUACUGCAACGUCAUCUGCGGGGAGCGGCAGGUGGAGGUGCAGCACUGCAACGCCACCCACAACAGAGCGUGCCAGUGCCAGGAGGGCUACCACGCCGAGCUGGAGUUCUGCGUGCCGCACUCCGAGUGCCCGCCGGGCUCCGGCGUCGUGAAGUUGGGCUCCCCGUUUGAGAACACGCAGUGCCGCGCCUGCCCGCGGGGCUCCUUCUCCUCCUCCAGCUCCAGCACCGAGCCGUGCCGGCCGCACCAGAACUGCACGCAACUGGGGAAGGAGACCAACGUGCCAGGAAACCAAUACCACGACACUCUGUGCACCUCCUGCAGGACGGACGGGAGCAACAGCACGCGGGGACCAGCUCCAGAGGACGAGGAUUGUGAGCAAGCCGUCAUCGACUUUGUGGCGUACCAGAACAUCCCGCUGCGGAAGCUGAAGCGCCUGCAGCAGAUCCUGGAGCGCCCGCCCAGGAAGCAGGCCCAGGAGACCAAGGCUGUGGUGCAGGAGAAGCUGCGGGCCGCGCUCACGCACCGCAAGCAGGAGAACUCGGCGGUCAUCACGGAGCUGCUGGCCGCGCUCCGGGCCACCAAGCUGACCUCCAUAGAGAAGAAGGCGCGAGAGCUCUUUCUCUUGCAGUGAGAACGUGGAAUGGACUCUUAGGGUGGUUUUUUUUUUUUUUUUAAAUUCCCGUCUUUGUCGUUGUUGGUUUUUUUUUUUUACUGUGGUUUCAUUAAUUUAUUAAUGCCUCAAAAACGAACUGGAAAGGCAGCGUGGGUGAGUGCUGUGUCGUGCCAUGUGUUGGGUGCUCUUCCAGUGUGCCACGAGCAUCAGCAAUCCAUCAGCACAGCAACGCCGCCAGGAGCCCGCUCCUCCCUGCGGGCCUGAGCCUGGCUCAGUUCUGAGCUAUGCGAGUUUGGGGUUGGGUUCUCAUUGAGUAACAGGGUUGAUGAGGCCCUUGGGGACGCGGUUUGGUGGACACGGUGGUGAUGGGUUGGACUGGAUGGUCUUGGAUGGUCUUGGAGGUCCUUCCCAACCUUGGUGAUGAUCUGAUUCUGGGAUUCAGUUGCUCUUGGCACGCUGUUGAGAAAGGAGAGGACUGCCUGAGGCAGGCUGGGUGGGAGAUGUCCCUAAAGUUUGAGGUCCUGCUGGCUUUCAAUUUAUUUUUGAGCUACCUGAUUUUAUACCGUGUGAGAUAUGUUUUUCUAAAGAAAGAAACCAAAGAGGUUAUUUUAUUA